CUUGUCGAAUCUUGUGGGUCAAGAAAGUGAUGACGAUAACCAGGAUAUGGAUGAGGGUAAUCAGGAUAUGGAUGAUGGUGGCGAGGGUAUGGAUGAGGAUAGUCAGGAUGGGGAUAAUGACAAUGAAGAGCUGGAGCCACAGUCGGUGCCGCCUCCUAGUUCCAAUCCAGUUCCACUAGAACAACCUCAGUUUUCAGGCCAGUAUGUUCCUCAGACACAGUUCUCCCCAUCCGUUCCAAUGCCGCAUCAUAUUGGGGUAUGUCACAGUUUGAAGCAGGAGAAGGAGGUUCUUUUAGUCAGUUGCUUGAGUUCAUGCGUGCAGAUGCCACACAAACACAAUAUCCCAAUCAGCCUGAUAUCUUGGCAGGUAGGUAUUCAUUGGAUGCAAGGCUCCCGUGCCAUACCUCGUCGGUCGCUUCAGGAGGGUUCGUAUCUGUCGAUUCUAGUAGAAGUGUAGGUGGACGCGGAGUUCUUAAUAGUCAACAUGCUCAUCGUGUUGACAUGGGACCACUUCAAGAAGAUGAUAACCCACUCGAGCAAGACACCAAUGCGUAUCUAGUAGAUAACCCGGAUGAGGAGGAUGACGAUGAUGAUGAUGAAAUAGAGGAUUUCGAUGAGGAUGAGGAAUCCCGCAACGAUGGCGGGUCACAGACUCCGGAUGACAAAGGCAAAGGUUAUAAUUUGAGGAUUGAUCCACCACGUCGUAGCGCCAAUCGCUACACGCCGUCUGUGUUAAAAAAGGCCGCGAAAAAAUGCAAGAACAUAGUGACACAUGUAAAGUGGUCAAUGAGAAAGUAGUUGUGGUGUAAUAGUCUUAUUUAUGUAUGCAUGACUUGUAGUAACUACUUAUUUAUACUUAUCCGGAGUAUGGUUUGUUUAGUGUGACUAUGUAUUAAUAAAUUUGGCUACGGACUAUGUUUUAGUAGGUUGUUUGUUUAGAGAUUUUAUGUAUGUAUGAACGUAUUGAAUGGA